GAGGUGCGCGAGCGGAGGAAGGGAGGAGCCGCGGGGAAGCCGGAGCCAAGGCUUUCAGCUGCUGCAUCGAUUUUUCUCCCCCAGUCCGAGGGAGCCGCCGCCACCACCCGCCAGCCACUUUUCUCGUUUGUCUUGGCGGGAGGGGGGAAAGCAGCUUGUUGCUCUGGAUGGAAGAUGGCGAGCUGCCGGCGCCUCCUCUGCUGGCUUCUCUUCUCCCUCUUGGGGUCCCUUGGCUAUUAUAAGACAUAUGGAAUCACCGUGUACUCAGACAAUAAACGUGUCACAGCAAGAGAAUUUGAAGGGGCGUAUCUGAGUUGUAAGCACAAUGUAAAGAAGGAAAUUGGUGCAAGGAUUGAGUGGAAAAUGAUUAAAGGCUCCACUGUCUCAUUUGUCUACUUGAAUGGUGUCUUUGUAGGUAAUUUUAAAGGUCGAGCUGAAAUAUUGCACUCAAGCAUUCAUCUUAAAAAUGUGACUAGAAAGGAUUCUGCAAAAUAUCGCUGUGAAAUUAGUGCACCCACAGAACAAGGACAAGGAACAGGGGAAGUGGAAAUUUCUCUCGUAGUCUUGGUGCCACCAUCUGCUCCUGUUUGUGAAGUGCCUAUCUCAGCCCUGAGUGGGACAGUAGUAGAAUUGCGAUGCAAAGAAAGUGAAGGUGUGCCAGCUUCAAAAUACAGGUGGUAUCGGAAUGGUGCUAUUCUGCCUGAGAACACAUUUUUUUGGAGCUUCAGAAAAGAAAAAAUUUCUUAUACUUUGAAUACUACAACAGGAACCUUGCUGUUCAAUCCUGUUUCAAAGAAUGACACUGGGGAAUACUACUGUGAAGCUCAUAAUCAAGUUGGGCGGCCUAAAAGAUGUCCUGUGAAGAGGAUGCAAGUGGAUGACCUUAAUGUAAGUGCUAUCAUAGCUUCGGUGGUCAUUGUGGUCUUAAUAAUGGCUUCCUGUGGUCUUGGGGUAUAUUAUGCACAGAAGAAAGGUUAUUUUUCAAGAACAAUAGUUCCAAGUACAGAGUUACAGAAAGUGAAAAAGAUUUCAAGCACACCAAGUCCUUUAUUAUUUAAAAGAAAGUCGAUUUCUGAGGAUCAGAAUUUGCUGCAGAAAAUAUCAGAGAUGUUUGAACUCUUCUAUAAAAAGAAUGUUAAGUGCAACAAGAAACAACUGGUGGCAGAUUUCAAGAUUCUAUUGCUAAAAGGUGGUAAAAGCUGUUAAAAAUGUUAGUCUGAUGCUGCUUGUUUAAAAAAGGAGUGGAAAUAAUUGGCAGAAUAUAAAUAUUGCUGUUUCACAUGCCUACAUGUAAAGAAAUAGUGAACUAAUGGCAUAGUUCUGAUUAUUAGAUCUCAAAAAGGGUACUGUUGAGUAGAAAAAUGUGUGUGAAAGAGCAAACAAAUUUAUGAAGGUAUCCUAAACAGGAACAGUGUUUUGAGAUUUAUAGAAUUAAAAAAUAGGAAAUUACUGGAACCAUGACCAGGCUUUAUAACAUUAUGUAAUCUAUGAAGAUUACGACAGAUUGGUUUUCUCACUGACAGUGUAAGCUCCCAUGCCCUUCUGGUGCCAUAUGGAUGAAAAUAUCCCAUGAAGACAAAAAAAUAGUAUUCACAUUAUUAAUUUUUGGGAUUUUUGCUAAUUAAUGUGACUACUAUUGGCUUGGAUGGCAUGGAAUGAAAAUUAGACAAAUUCAUUGAAGACAAGACUAAAAAUGGCUACCAGUUGUGAUAAGCAAAUACUAUUUCCCAUUUUUUACAUAGAGUAAUAAGUUUGUGGAGACAAACUAUAGGAGAAGGCUAUCUCUUCUCUCUGAGGUUGAUGGAAGCAUUAGGCGCUAAGAUCAGAAACUGGAUUACAUAGCACUUUGGCCUAAUUAAGAGGCUAAUUACAAAGCCACUUUUCUGAAACGAACUCUGAGACUGGAAUAGCCUUAAACAAUUAUCCAUAUUAUUCCAAAACAGAGUUUGGUGCUUUGGCAUUCACGGAGGACUUGCUCUUUCCUCUUUCUCUAGAGGUCAACCACUAAAACUGCUGCUAUCAUUGCCAAGGAAGGAAGAUAACUGCAAUCAGUCUGUCUCAAUUUAUAAUAACCAGUUGAUUUCAUGAAGCAGAAACAUUUCUAACAAAUUGGUUUGAAAAUUACUGUCAAUUUGUAUCAUUAAUUUGAUUUGAGGGUAAAUGUUUUGUUGCUGUUGUAGGGCUAAGAUCAAGACAAUUGUUAUUGUAGUGAUAAAAAAUAUGUGUUCUUAUUUAGUCUGAAACUUUAUUCAAAUAUGUGUGUAAUCUAUUCAGAACCAAAUGGAGCUGGCAACCUCUUAAUGACAAAGGACUGCACUUUUCUAAUUGUAUAACUGGACUUUCAACUUUGAAAGGGGAUUGGUCAUUGAAAUAAAUGAAGCCUAAAUAUGG